AUUUUGUUGUUCAGGUUCAGUGGGCGAGUGUGUGGGGCUGCCGCUGCUGAUCAUCACCGCUGGAUACGAACAAGUACAAACCAAAAACUGUGAUAUUGGGUUUUUGGCUCGAGUCGCAACCAUGUCUCGGGGAUCCAUUGAAAUCCCUCUGCGGGACACAGACGAGGUCAUUGAGCUUGACUUUGACCAGCUUCCAGAAGGAGAUGAAGUCAUCAGUAUCCUCAAACAGGAACACACACAGCUGCACAUAUGGAUUGCACUCGCUCUGGAGUACUACAAGCAAGGCAAGACGGAGGAUUUUGUCAAGUUGCUGGAGGCGGCGCGCAUUGAUGGAAACCUCGAUUACAGAGACCACGAGAAGGACCAGAUGACGUGUUUGGACACACUGGCAGCUUAUUAUGUCCAGCAGGCUCGAAAGGAGAAGAACAAGGAUGCAAAGAAGGACCUCAUCAACCAGUCCACUCUUCUGUACACAAUGGCAGACAAGAUCAUCAUGUAUGAUCAGAGCCAUCUGCUGGGAAGAGCUUGCUUUUGUCUUCUGGAAGGAGAUAAGAUGGAUCAGGCAGACGCUCAGUUUCAGUUUGUGCUUAACCAGUCAACAAACAACAUUCCUGCACUCCUGGGAAAGGCGUGUAUCUCCUUCAACAAAAAGGAUUACAGAGGAGCUUUAGCUUACUACAAAAAAGCACUUCGCACUAACCCUGGCUGUCCAGCCGAGGUGAGACUAGGCAUGGGCCAUUGCUUUGUCAAGCUCAACAAACUGGAGAAAGCUCGCUUGGCGUUUGGCAGAGCCCUGGAGCUCAACUCCAAAUGUGUGGGAGCUUUGGUGGGUUUGGCUGUGCUGGAGCUCAACAACAAAGAGGCCGACUCCAUCAAGAAUGGUGUGCAGCUGCUUUCCAGAGCCUACACCAUUGACCCCAGCAAUCCCAUGGUGCUCAAUCAUCUCGCCAAUCAUUUCUUCUUCAAAAAGGACUACAGCAAAGUGCAGCAUCUGGCUCUUCAUGCUUUUCACAACACAGAGGUGGAGGCUAUGCAAGCGGAGAGCUGCUAUCAGUUAGCUCGUUCCUUCCACGUCCAGGAGGACUAUGACCAGGCCUUCCAGUACUACUAUCAGGCCACUCAGUUUGCGUCAUCUACUUUCGUACUGCCCUUCUUCGGCCUGGGUCAGAUGUAUGUAUAUCGUAGAGACAAGGAAAAUGCUGCACAGUGCUUUGAAAAGGUCCUGAAGGCCUAUCCCAGCAAUUAUGAAACCAUGAAAAUCCUUGGGUCACUUUACGCCACCUCAGAUGACCAGGAAAAGAGAGACAUUGCUAAAGAACAUUUGAAAAAAAUCACAGUACAGUAUUCCGAUGAUGUGGAAGCCUGGAUUGAGCUCGCCCAGAUUUUGGAACAAACAGACAUUCAGGGUGCUCUUUCUGCAUAUGGCACGGCCACUCGUAUCCUCCAGGAGAAGGUCCAAGCGGAUGUUCCUCCUGAGAUCCUCAAUAAUUUGGGGGCUUUACACUUCAGAUUGGGAAACCUUGGUGAGGCAAAGAAAUACUUCCUGGCUUCUUUGGAGAGGGCAAAAGCUGAGGGCGAGCAUGAUGAGCACUACUACAACGCCAUCUCCGUCACGACCUCCUAUAACCUGGCCAGACUCUAUGAAGCCAUGUGCGAGUUCCACGAGGCUGAGAAACUCUACAAGAACAUCUUGAGAGAGCAUCCCAACUAUGUGGACUGUUACUUGCGUCUUGGAGCGAUGGCACGUGACAAGGGAAAUUUCUAUGAAGCUUCCGACUGGUUUAAAGAAGCCCUUCAGAUCAAUCAGGACCACCCUGAUGCCUGGUCUCUGAUUGGUAACCUUCACUUGGCGAAGCAAGAGUGGGGUCCCGGGCAGAAGAAGUUUGAACGCAUCCUUAAGCAGCCCUCCACUCAGAACGACACUUACUCUAUGCUGGCGCUGGGCAACGUGUGGCUUCAGACGCUGCAUCAGCCCUCUAGAGACCGAGAAAAGGAAAAGCGGCACCAGGAUCGAGCUUUGGCGAUCUACAAACAAGUUCUGAGGAAUGAUGCCAAAAAUCUAUAUGCUGCCAACGGCAUAGGUGCUGUGUUGGCACACAAGGGUUAUUUCCGAGAGGCACGGGAUGUUUUUGCCCAGGUCCGAGAGGCCACGGCAGAGAUCAGUGAUGUCUGGUUGAAUCUCGCACACAUCUAUGUGGAGCAGAAGCAGUACAUCAGUGCAGUGCAGAUGUAUGAAAACUGUUUGAAGAAAUUCUACAAAUAUCAGAACACAGAGGUGCUGCUGUAUCUGGCCCGAGCGCUCUUCAAAUGUGGCAAGCUGCAGGAGUGCAAGCAGACUCUUCUGAGGGCUCGGCAUGUGGCUCCCAGUGACACAGUGCUGAUGUUUAAUGUGGCGCUGGUGCUGCAGAGGUUGGCCACGCUGGUGCUGAAGGACGAGAAGAGUAAUCUGAAGGCUGUAUUGAGUGCGGUGAAAGAGCUGGAGUUGGCUCACAGGUACUUCAGCUACCUCAGUAAGGCUGGAGACAAAAUGAGAUUCGACCUAGCGCUGGCCGCGAGCGAAGCCAGGCAGUGCUCUGAUUUGCUAAGCCAGGCUCAAUACCAUGUGGCCCGAGCUCGGAAACAAGAUGAGGAGGAGAAGGAGAACCGUGCCAAACAGGAGCAGGAGAGAGACCUGCUGCGGCAGCAGAUGCUGAAAGAACAGGAGGAGAGGAAGAGCAAAGAGGCCGAGGAGCAGAAGAAGCUGCUGGAGCAGAGAGCCCAGUAUGUGGAGAAGACCAAGAACCUGCUCAACUUCUCAGAGGCCAUGAAAGCAGCGAAGGAGAAGAAGAAAGCAAGCAGUGGACGGCGCAAGAAAGGAGGUGACUUUGAUGACUUUGUCAACGAUGACUCUGAUGAGGACCUGCCAAUCAAGAAAAAGAAGAAGAAGAAAUCUGGGAGUGGCAGUGAAGUUGAGGAUGCCGGGGAGGAUGGAGAGAAGAAACCCCGUAAAAAGAGGAGGAGGUAA